GCCCUUUCGGCAAAAGUAGUACACACUGCCGCAAGCGAACAGCUGAGAUCCUUCGUCUGCUUGCUACCGGGGGAAAUAGCCGCGAACCAGGACGUAGAAGCGGACUCGUCGUCUGCUAAAGCGUGCCCGUCCAUUGUGCGUGUCUCGUGUAGGGUUUUCUGCGGUUGUUGUGCGGCACAUAUCUGUGUUUUCCCCGCAAGGAGUACGAUAGGUCUUGCCAUAGUGACACCGCUAUACGAGCUGAGUGGCAGGUGUCGUCUGCUUCGACAUGGGUGCCGGUCUGUGCAGACGAUCUGUCAAGUGGCAACCAGGAAUGCAAGCCGAUAUUGGCCUUAUAGGCCUUGCUGUCAUGGGUCAGAACUUGAUCUUGAACAUGAAUGACCAUGGAUUUGUCGUCUGCGCCUUCAACCGAACCGUCGAAAAGGUCGACGACUUCCUGAGGAAAGAAGCGAAAGGCACCAAGGUGGUUGGGGCACACACGCUCGACGAGUUUGUCGCAAAGCUGAAGACGCCACGACGGAUCGUACUCCUUGUCAAAGCCGGAGAACCCGUGGACGCUUUCAUCAACAAGCUGACCCCUCUGCUCAGCCAGGGCGACAUCAUAAUCGACGGCGGAAACUCCGAGUACCAUGACAGUCAGCGGCGGUGCGACGCUUUGAGCGCCAAGGGGAUCCUCUUUGUCGGCUCUGGCGUCAGCGGUGGAGAGGAAGGAGCUCGGCACGGUCCCUCACUUAUGCCGGGAGGAAACAAGGAAGCCUGGCCACACAUCAAGGAGAUCUUUCAGAGCAUUUCAGCAAAGGCUGACGGGGAACCAUGCUGCGAUUGGGUUGGAGAUGGAGGUUCCGGGCACUUCGUGAAAAUGGUCCACAACGGUAUAGAGUACGGCGACAUGCAGUUGAUCUGCGAGGCCUACCACCUGAUGAAGGAUGUCACCGGACUGACCCACGACGAAAUGAGCGAGGUCCUCGCGGAAUGGAAUAAAGGCGUCCUCGAUUCGUUCCUCAUCGAGAUCACGAGUAAUAUCUUGAAGUACAAGGACAGCGAUGGUCAACACCUCCUUCCUAAGAUUAGGGACUCUGCUGGUCAGAAAGGCACAGGAAAGUGGACCGCGAUUUCUGCGCUCCAGCAUGGCAUUCCUGUCACGUUGAUUGGUGAAUCCGUGUUUGCACGCUGCCUAUCAUCCCUCAAGGACGAACGUGUUCAAGCUAGCAAAGUCCUGAAGGGUCCGACUGCAAAGUUUGACGGUGACAAGAAAGAGUUUGUGGAGCACAUCAGAAAGGCACUAUACGCCUCCAAAAUAGUGUCGUAUGCGCAAGGCUUCAUGCUGCUCCGCAGCGCAGCGAAAGAGUACAAGUGGAAUCUCAACUACGGCUCUAUUGCUCUUAUGUGGAGAGGUGGUUGCAUCAUUCGAAGUGCAUUUUUGGGCAACAUCAAGGCAGCCUUUACGAAGAACCCAGAGUUGAGCUGCCUUCUUCUGGACGACUUCUUCGUGAAAGCGGUGCAGGAUUGCCAGGACUCGUGGCGAAACGUGGUGGCCACAGCCGCUCGGCUGGGCAUCCCGACCCCGGCGUUCAGCACUGCACUGGCAUUUUACGACGGCUUCAGGUUGGACAUGCUGCCAGCAAAUCUCAUUCAGGCACAACGGGACUACUUUGGCGCCCACACGUACGAACUACUCUCGGCCCCAGGAAAGUUUGUGCACACCAACUGGACAGGUACUGGAGGGGACAUAUCGUCCAGCACUUACAACGCGUAACUUGUCCACAUUUUACACACGUUUAUCGAACGCUCGUUUCUUUUUUUUUUUCACGUAAUAAAGUUGCUAUUUUUGUCCGUUAA